AUCGGUCUCGGCUCCCAUUACAGGCGUUUCAUUCGUAACUUCGCUUCCAUUGCAUCACCAUUGACCGACUUGACAAAAGGGAGUGGAACAAAGACGCGUGCGAUUACUUGGACAGAGGAGUGUCAAAAGGCGUUUGAUGAGAUCAAGUCACGUAUUAUGCAAGCUCCUAUUUUGGCAUCACCCGAUCCACUCAAGCCUUUCAUCAUCGAAACGGAUGCAUCAGAUUAUGGCGUUGGUGCUGUACUCCUCCAAAAAGCGGAUGAUGGCACUACUCAUCCUAUCGCAUUCGAAUCCAAGAAAUUAUCCAAAGAAGAACGUGGUUAUCCGGCACAAGAGCGGGAGGGAUCUGUGGUAAGAUACGUUCUCACCUAG